AUGAGCAUAGAAACCAUGCAAGCAGUGGUCUACGAAGGCCCGUUCAAUAUUGUUGUGAAGGAGAAGCCUAAGCCUGUAUUGAUUGAUGAAACGGAUGCCAUCCUCAAAGUGCACAUCGCGGGUGUAUGUGGGAGUGACUUGCACAUGUAUCGAGGACACCAAAAGACGACCACGGGACAUACCAUGGGACACGAGUUCAUCGGCACUGUUGAGAGCGUUGGGUCUGAUGUGUCCAGGUUCAAGGCUGGUCAGAAGGUCAUGUCUAUCUUCUCUCCCAUGUGUAUGCAAUGCUGGUUCUGCCAGCACGGACACACAAAUCGAUGCGUCAAUGGUCCUUCUUUCGGAAGCAUGUCCUUGGAUGGCGGACAAUCCGAAUACGUUCGCGUCCCAUUUGCAGACAGUACUCUUGAAUUCAUACCCCAGGAAGUUAGCGAUGAAAUGAUGAUCAUCAUGUGUGAUAUCUUCCCGACGGGUUACUACGGAGCAAUGAAGGCCAUCACAAAGCUGAUGCGCAAUAAUGAUACAGCUGACUCGAUCGCCGGAGGUACGCUACACGCGCCGUCUGCCCUUCGUCCAAAUUUUCUGAAGAUCACACUUGAUCAGGUAGUGGUUGCCCUUGGCGCAGGCACCGUGUAUGCUGUCGAUUCAGUCGAUGAUCGUCUAGAGGAGGCUCGGAAGAUGGGCGCCCAACCGUUGAAGCUUGGAACGGAUGACAUCCCAGAAAUUGUCAAAGCUGCCACAGAAGGUCGAGGAGCAGAUGCUGUGGUUGAAAGCGUGGGCAAUACAUCGGCAAUGAGACUUGCCGUUGAUUUAGUUCGAGCUUGUGGUGUCAUUUCCUCUAUCGGUUUCCACCAAGGAGAGCUACCUUUUACCGCUUUUGAAGCUUAUUAUAAGAAUCUGGAUAUUAAUAUGGGGCGCGCAGCAGCCAGACCGGUCUUUGGCGAAUCAUUGAAGCUAUUCGCUGAGAACCAGGAUAAAUUUUCAGAGUUUAUCACCCACCGCAUGCCGUUGGCAGAUGCACCGAUCGCAUAUGAGAUAUUUGAGAAGCACCAAGCUCGGAAAGUGAUCUUGACGUUAUAG